AACGAAAAUGUAGGUGUGUGUUUGUAGCAGAUGUUGUACUAGUAUUGAAGAUAAAGAAGCUCUCUGAUUUCUCAUUUCUGACUGAAAAAAAAAACAAAACACAAUGGCUACCAGCAUCUCUGCUUGUACCACAACCUCUUUAGUCCCCCGUGCGGCCCUCGUGCACAAGCCAUCUCUAUCCCGCCCCUCUUUUGUUCUUGGGUUGCCAGCCAUGAGGAAGAAUAUGGGAAAGGUGAAAUGUUCAAUGGAAAGAGGAGAGUCAAAAUUAGGAAUAUGUGGAUCAUUAGUGGCAGCAGCAUGUGCAGCAACAAUAACAAUUAGCCCAACAGCAAUGGCUUUAGUGGAUGAAAGAAUGAGCACAGAAGGAACUGGGCUUCCAUUUGGGCUCAGUAAUAAUCUUCUUGGUUGGAUCCUUUUUGGAGUCUUCGGUUUGGUUUGGUCUCUCUACACUGUUUACACUUCUAGCCUUGAUGAGGAUGAAGAUUCUGGAAUGUCCCUUUAAAUUUUGACCUUCAUUCUCUAAAAUUAUCAUGAUUAAUUAAUUGUAUCUAUCAUCUCCUCUCUUCUUCACUUGCUAAUUGUACUAUAUAUUCGUUUUUUUCAAUUCUAUAAAGAGUAAAUUAAACUAAA